AUUUUUGUUCUGCAGGUUUCGCGAGAGUUUAGGAGGAAGGAGGAUUUAGAUGCGUUAGGAAGAGCUAGAUGCAGAGUGGAAGAGGGGAGCUUGAACAUCAUACAGUAGGCUGACUAGUUUAUACCAGAGCCAUCUCACUGCCAACGCAAUGAGUUCUAUUUUGCUCACCGCAGUGUGUGUCUUCCUUCUUGGCUUGGCGAAGAACAGCUUCGGUACAGAGCAGCGGGUCAUCCUCCCAGAUAAUCUAUUAGUGUUAACUGCUGCCACAGAGGAGACUGAUGGCUUCAACCGCUUCAUCAGAACCAUGAAAGAGUUCAACUAUACUGUGAAGGUGCUGGGCCUGGGGGAGCAGUGGAAAGGCGGGGAUGUGGCUCGUACUGUGGGAGGGGGACAGAAGGUCCGCUGGCUGAAGAAGGAACUCAUCAAAUACUCUGAUAAACAGGACAUGGUGAUCCUGUUUGUUGACAGUUACGAUGUGAUCAUGGCCAGUGGACCUGACGAGCUGUUGUCUAAGUUCUCCAGACUGGGUCAUCGGGUGGUCUUCUCUGCUGAAGGCUUCUGUUGGCCUGACCAGAAACUUGCCCCUAAAUAUCCCCCUGUACACACUGGGAAGAGAUACCUAAACUCUGGAGGGUUCAUAGGGUUUGCCCCAGAGGUCAGUGCGAUUGUUCAGCAGUGGAAACAAAAGGACAAUGAUGAUGACCAACUCUUCUACACUAAGAUCUAUUUGGACAAAGCACAACGGACCAAGUUCAACAUGACUUUGGACCAUCGCUCUAGAAUCUUCCAGAACCUCAAUGGGGCCAUAGAAGAGGUGGUGCUGAAGUUUGAAAAAGCUAGAGUCCGAGCCCGGAACGUGGCUUUUGACACACUUCCUGUUGUUAUCCAUGGCAACGGCCCCACCAAGCUCCAACUGAACUACCUGGGCAACUACGUUCCUACUGCCUGGACACAUGAAACAGGAUGUGGGAUCUGUGAUGACAACCUCCUUUACCUGGACAAAAUAUCUGAUGAGGAGAUGCCCCUGGUAUACGUGGCAGUGUUCAUUGUCCAGCCUACUCCGUUCCUGGAGGAGUUCCUAGAGCGCCUCACCACCUUCAACUACCCAACCAGCCGCAUCCGACUGUUUAUACACAACAAUGUCGUGUAUCAUGAGCAGCACAUCCAACGGUUCUGGGAGAAGCAUCGUUCUCUUUUCCCUGAAGCCAGACUGGUCGGACCUGAGGAGAACCUUCAACAAGAUCAGGCUAGAACCAUGGCUGUUGAGGCCUGUAAAAAGGACAAAGACUGCGACUACUAUUUCAGUAUAGAUGCUGAUGUUGCCAUCGUCAACCCUGAUGUUCUACGCAUCCUGAUCGAAGAAAACAAGUCAGUGAUAGCACCCAUGCUGUCCCGACAUGGAAAACUCUGGUCCAACUUCUGGGGAGCGCUGAGUCCUGAAGGAUUUUACUCCCGAUCUGAAGACUACAUUGACAUAGUUCAGGGCAAACGAGUAGGUCUCUGGAACGUUCCCUAUAUAACCCAGGUCUAUAUGAUCAAGGGGUCGGUGCUGAGAGGUCGUCUGUCUCAGGUCAGCCUCUUCAGUCAGGAUGGGAUGGACCCUGACAUGGUGUUUUGCCGGGCAGUACGAGACCAGGGUGUAUUUAUGUUCGUGUCCAAUCGUGAUGAGUUUGGCCGCUUGGUCUCAUCCACCAACUACAACACCAGCAGACUGCAUCCUGACAUGUGGCAGAUCUUUGAUAAUCCGCUGGACUGGAAGGAGAAGUAUGUCCAUGGGAACUACAAUAAGAUCUUUGAAGACAACCAGACGCUGGUGGAGCAGCCGUGUCCUGAUGUCUACUGGUUCCCCAGCUUCUCCGACAAGAUGUGUGAUGAUCUAGUAGAGACCAUGGAAGACUUUGGUCAGUGGAGUGGAGGGAGGCAUACGGAUGAGCGUCUAGCAGGAGGCUAUGAGAAUGUUCCUACUGUAGACAUCCAUAUGAAUCAGAUUGGCUUUGAGAAGGAGUGGCUGAAGUUCCUGAAGGAGUACAUCGUCCCUGUAACAGAGAAACUUUACCCGGGUUACUAUCCUAAGGCCCAGGCAGUGAUGAACUUUGUGGUUCGUUAUCGGCCAGAUGAGCAACCUUCUCUUCGACCGCAUCAUGACUCCUCAACCUUCACCAUCAACAUAGCACUCAACAGCAAAGGGAAAGACUACCAGGGGGGAGGUUGCCGGUUCCUGCGGUAUGACUGUAAUGUUGAGGCUCCUCGUAAGGGUUGGUCCUUCAUGCACCCUGGAAGACUGACCCACUACCACGAAGGACUCCCGACCACCAGCGGAACCAGAUACAUCAUGGUCUCCUUCGUUGACCCCUAACACCUGGAUGACCUCUAACCCUGGGGGUCCAGAUACAUCAUGGUCUCCUUAGUUGACCCCUAACACCUGGAUGACCUCUAACCCCGGGGGACCAGAUACAUCAUGGUCUCCUUAGUUGACCCCUAACACCUGGAUGACCUCUAACCCUGGGGAACCAGAUACAUCAUGGUCUCCUUAGUUGACCCCUAACACCUGGAUGACCUCUAACCCUGGGGAACCAGAUACAUCAUGGUCUCCUUAGUUGACCCCUAACAACUGGAUGACCUCUAACCCUGGGGGACCAGAUACAUCAUGGUCUCCUUCGUUGACCCCUAACACCUGGAUGACCUCUAACCCUGGGGGUCCAGAUACAUCAUGGUCUCCUUAGUUGACCCCUAACACCUGCAUGACCUCUAACCCCUGGGGGUCCAGAUACAUCAUGGUCUCCUUAGUUGACACCUAACACCUGCAUGACCUCUAACCCCUGGGGGUCCAGAUACAUCAUGGUCUCCUUAGUUGACCCCUAACACCUGCAUGACCUCUAACCCCUGGGGGUCCAGAUACAUCAUGGUCUCCUUCUUUGACCUCUAACCCCAGGGGACCAGAUACAUCAUGGUUUCCAUAGAUAACCCAAAGACACUGACAUUUGUAUCUGUGUGGCCUGACUGAUCAGUUUAGACCAAACUAGUGGAUCUAGAUUCUUGGUCAGAUCAGGCCUGACUAAUCAGAGUCUGAUGGAACCAAUUUCACCAUGCUGCCUACCACCCCUAACUUGACCCUUGACCUCUGUGUUUGUUUAUUUAAGUCUUCGGUAUAACGACUGUCUGGAAUUUAUGUCAUGUUACAGCGUUGCCAUACCAACCUUUGAUUGGAGGAAAGACCCCCUCUGAAAGGAAACUGAAUGUUCUGAAAGAUCAGAUCUACUCAAAAAAAAAGGUUAUGAUGCAAUAUUUGUAAGUAAUAGAUCUGAGAAACACUCCAAACGAACAGCUGUCACCUGUUCUGAUCUACAAGAAGUAGUUCUAUGCUGUAAAAUUAGUUUUAUCAUAAAGAUGAUGUUUAGCGUUUUGAACUACCCGAUCUUCAGGCUGAGUUUCACAUAUUUUUUUAAAAUGGAGAUGUUCUUGUAUUAUUUUUUUUCCAGGUCCUGUGUUGGUAGGACGUGCUUUAUCAGCUUUGUACAAAGUGCCGUAAAUUAUUUGUUAUGAUUGAGAAAUAAAGUUUCACAUUUUAAUAAAUAAUUUGAUAUAUA